CUCAUUUUGGUUUGAGUUCGAUUUUGAUAAACAUUUUACAAGAGUUCGAAAACAAUGGAAGAUAAUAAUAAAACCAAAGAUAGUGACAAAAAUAAAAGAAACGAUUUAAUCGGCCUAGUGUUACUUAUGCAGGAGCACAACAACAGAUUUUUGCAGAACAUGUUGGAGUUACAAAAGUUGGACGAGGAAUCAACCAAAUUGUGGAUUUCAAUGAUAGAGGAGGAUCCCGUCUUUUUGCCAACCCAGCGAGAUCACCCAGACGGCAAAUUUUGGGAGCGAGAUGUUCCAGAAUGCUCCGAUGGUGUUUUCAAGGACCAUUUUCGCAUGGAAAGGGAGCACUUUGAUGAGAUAGUCGAGUCCUUGGAAAGUAUUCGAGUGAACCAGGGAUCUCCGAACGAAAUUACACUGGAUAAACGCAUAGCUAUAGCCCUGUAUACAAUGGGAUCGUCUAAGGAUUAUCGCAAAGUGGGCAGGUUAUUUGGCGUCCCAUCCUCGAUGAUACCUAAAAUCUUGAACGAGUUCUGCAGGCAGAUUAUCAACGUUUUUGCUCCAGAACACUUGCCCAAAGAAUUUCUCACCCAAGAGAAACUGGAGGAAUGUAUGUCGGGCUUCGAGGAACUGGGCUUCCCUCAAUGUUUCGGAGUAUUGGAUGGAACACAUAUAGAGAUACGUCCUCCUGUCUCCGAUGCCGAGGAUUACUGUAACAUUAAGGGCUGGUACUCUACUAUACUCAUUGCUCUGGUGGAUCACAGGGGAAGAUUCCUUUAUAUAAAUACAGGCUGCCAGGGUCGCUGCAGCAAGUCGGAGAUAUAUGAAGCUAGCACCCUGAAGAAAAAGUUAGCUUCAACUGAUAUUUUGAAGGCCAAUUCAAAGACCAUCGAUGGAGUCGAUGUGCCACCGUUUCUAGUUGGCGAUUCCGCCUUCAGAUUUUCAACAGCCGUCAUGAAGGCUUACCCAUUUGAUAAUUCUGGAAACGAAAAUGAGAUUAUUUAUAACGAUGCUCACUCCAAGACAAAGAGGCUAGCUGAAAAGGCUUUUCGGCACUUAAAAACGCGCUUUUUCAGGAUUCAUAAAGGACUUGAUAAUCGUUGCCGCAAAGCGCCCGGCGUUAUUGUUGCCUGUUGUAUAUUGCACAAUUUUCUAGUUGGCAAAAACAGCGAUCUUAUGGAGAAAUGGAAAAUUGAUGAUAACCACCGCUCACAACCAGAGGAAAAUGAUAGUCUAACAGACCUUCUAGAGGCUCCGGAAACACUGAGAAAUGCGGUUUCGCAUUAUAUUAACAAUCAGCCAGAGAGAUGAUAAUGUAAAAUAUCUCAUUAUUUUAAAAUGUUUUAUAUUUAUAUUUUUACUACUAUAGCGCCAAUAAAUAAUGUGCUAGUUACCUUUAUAA